AUGCUUUUCACCACCAGCCUCAAUUUUCUCUUUUUUUGGAUGACAUGGACAACUCUCGUGCUAUCGCAUUCGCCGCUUAAGGUAGAGCUUUUUGGCACUUUGGCAGUCCGGCUCAUCUUCUAUCUGGUUCCUUCAGUCAUAUUCUUUCUCUUCGACAUUGCACUUCCGUCCGCGUCUCUCAGCUUCAAGGCGCAGGGUAAUGUUGGCUUACCGUCAGGCCAUAAGCGCCGAAAGCCAACCCUCAAUGAAGCUAAGAUUGUGGGAUGGUCUCUUUUCAAUAUUCUGCUCGGUAUCGCGGUGCAGAGUGCUAUUGAACUUACCCUGACUAGGUUGUUGCGUUGGCGAAGCGUCAUUAAGGUCGCAGUGGGACUGCCAUAUCCCUGGAGAAUCACAAUCGAUGUUGCAAGGGGAUUUAUUGCGAGGGAGAUCUUAAACUACUCCAUUCAUCGUUUCAUACUUCAUAACCCAAACUUCCGUUUUUCUCGACUGCAUGAGACCUGGUAUCAUGGUCUGAGGGCUCCCUGGCCCUUGACAGCGCAUUACGACCAUCCCCUCUGCUACCUACUUUGGAAGUUUGUCCCCAUCUACUUGCCUACAGCGCUCUUCCGCUUCCACAUGACGACAUACAUGGUCUUUCUCGCCCUCGUAUCUCUUGAGGAAACUUUUACGCAUUCCGGCUAUUCUACGCUGCCCGUGGGACUUUUAUUGAGUGGAAUGGCGCGCCGCACAGAAAUGCAUGUCAUUACCGGCGGAGACGGGAAUUAUGGCGCAUGGGGAGUCCUGGACUGGGUGGGUGGCUCAAUACCGGAUGCUAGUGACACAAUCGAGGACGAUGUUCGAGCUGAAAUUGCCGAUCUUAACAUCGAAGAGAAAAUUCGUAAGGCGGUUGAAGAUGCCAGGAGUCAUAUGGGGGAUGCUGUUGCUAAAGAAGCGAACCGAGCAAAAACGAGGAGAAGGGCAACAAGAAUGCUUGAUAUACCUAAUAUAUAG